CAUCCAUCCGCCUCUUUAAGCUCCAUCAUCACAACCGCCCACACACACGGGGGGGGCGCAGAGACCGGAAACACCAACGGGCAGCAGCAAAGCAGUAGCACUAGUGGUUGCAGCAGAGUCCAGAGAGAAAUCAAGAAACCAAGAUGAGACGGCUCGCCGGCGGCGCCGCCCUGCUCCUCUUCCUCCUCCUCCUGGCCAUCACCGCCAGGCCUGCCGCCGCCGACUUCUUCUCCCCUCUCAGCCCCCUCCUCGCCCCCGUCAUGGGGUCGCUAUGCAAGGCGGUGGCCUGCGGGAAGGGGAACUGCACGGUGACGACGGGGCUGCCGGGGUACAGGUGCGACUGCGAGCCCGGGUGGACGCAGAUGCACGUCGGCGACAGCCUCAGGUUCCUGCCCUGCGUCAUCCCCAACUGUACCAUUGAUCGUUCAUGUUCUAACGACACUUCAGCCCCAUCACCGGCGCCUUCACCCAAAAAUGUCUCCAUCUCGGCAAACCCUUGUGACUUGGCUUAUUGUGGUUCCGGGGGCACAUGCAAGAACGCCACGGGGCUCAGCUACCACUGCGAGUGCAAGGAGGGCUUCAGCAAUGUUUUGAACAUGACCACAAUGCCUUGUUUUCAAGACUGUUCUUAUGGAGCGGAUUGCGCAGCCAUCGGGAUCUUACCAUCCACAAACUCCACUUCUACAGCACAACCAGCUGGCUCCGCAAGCGUUUCAAACAAUUGCAAUGCACCUGUUCCAGGAUCUGUUUUGUGGCAAAUUCUACUUCCUCUGCUGAUGUUAGCCUCCCUUGCUAUGGGUCAGGCGACAUAAACAGAGGAUGGUUUAUACCACGGUACAGCACUAGAGAGAGUAUUUGUUCACGGACAGGGUAGAGCUUUUAGCCUGUUAGAGAUGUACGUUGUUGGUGUAUGUCGCUGCUGCAUUAUUUCUUUGCACUCGUUGAUUCUUCUACAGUGAGACUUGAUGAUUAGUGUGAAAAUGGAAUAAAAUAUAAUGUUAAAUAAA